UUCUACAAAACCCUUCGUCGUGCCCCUUUUCGUCAUUUCACACACACGCCUUCCUUUUUCCUUCUAAUUGUCCCCAAAUCCGCCAUUGUUUAUCUCUAUUCAUAAUCGUGACCCUUUCCCGCCGUUACCCUCCAUUUGCAAUUGGGGAUUUACGUAAAUAGCCCAUCUCUUCAUGCCCUUUUCCGUCAUUUCCAACACAUCUUCUUACUUCUUAAACCAGCAGACGUCUCUCUCGUCGGCGUUUCAUUAGGGUUUUGAAUUGAUUUCUUCAGGUUAUGGAUCGAGAAUUGAUUGGGUACUUCUCUAUCGGCCUCUUUUCCGGUCUAGGCUUCACUACCUGUCUCCGAUUUUACUUCCACCGCCGCCAUCAGCGCCGCAUCGCCGCCCUGACACAGAUCGAGGACGAAGCCGUCGACCGCAUCGUGAGAGAUUUGAGGAGGUUAUUCCAGAACAGAGCCGUCUUCCGCGGCCUCGAACCGGCCGUCUUGAACUCCGUUCCGACGCUUCUUUAUCCCUCGACGGCGGCGCCGGAGCACCGCCUCGCCGAAUGCGCCGUUUGCUUGUCGGAGUUCGAAGAAAAUGAAUGUCUCCGGCUGUUGCCCAAGUGCGGGCAUUUCUUUCAUCUGAAGUGUGUCGAUAAGUGGUUCCUUUCAGCCACUACUUGCCCUCUUUGUCGUACGGUAGUCGAAGCAGUGGUGGUUGAAGAUCCAUCAAUGGAGGGCGAAUCGAUUGAGAGAGGAAUUCCGUCGCAACCAACCGAACCGGUCGAUGGAGAAAUUGUGCCUGAACCGGACCAACCGGUCGAUGGAGAAACUGUGCCUGAACCGGUCGAACCGGCUGAGGAAGAAAUCCUGUUCGAACUGGUUUCGCGCUUUACUGGACGAAUCUGGCAAGUGAUAGCCGUACGACGCCGUUUGGCAGAAUGAGGAAGGCGCGUGAUUGGUUGUAUUGUACAAAAUUGAAAAUAUAUUGACUUUAUUCUGCGAAAAAUAUGUAGAAAUUUGCUUUUGAAUAUUCAAAAAUCGUAAGGAAUAAUUCAAGUU